AUGGGCUCCCCGCUGUCUGGACUGAUUGCCGAGGCUGUUCUGCAGAGGCUCGAGCGACUGGUCUUCCGUUCGUACUCCCCAAAAUUCUGGGCCAGAUACGUCGACGACACCUUUGUCGUAAUCAAGAGGAACGACGUUCAGGACUUCAAAGUCUUGUUGAACUCAAUAUUCCCCGACAUCCAAUUCACAAUGGAAGAGGAGUACAACAACCAGUUGCCCUUCCUUGACGUAAACAUCACAAGAAUGGCUAAUGGGGGGAUCAGAACUACGGUAUACCGAAAGGCAACGAAUACCAGACGCAUCCUCCAAUUCCGGAGUAACCAUCCCAUCGGUCACAAACGCAGUUGUGUCAGAGCUCUUUUCCAACGAGUUCAAACACACUGUAAUGACAACGACGGGAGAAGGGAGGAAGUGAAGUACCUGCAUUCCCUAUUCACAGCCAAUGGUUACCCACGAUCCUUCAUACGUGAGUGCCGAAGAGGAUUUAACCGCGAACGAUCUAACGACGAGAAGCCGAACUUCUGGCUCGCAAUCCCCUACAUGAGGAAUGUUUCUGAGGCGACAGCAAGAAUCCUGAGCCCUUUUGGGAUUGGGGUGGCCCAUAAACCGGAAUCCACCAUCAGACAGCAGAUAAUGAGGCCCAAAGGCCAGCUACCUGCAACAGAACAAUCAGCAGUGGUCUACAGCAUACCUUGCCAAGAUUGCGGUGCAAGGUAUGUUGGUGAAACGGGCAAACGCCUCUGCACAAGAUUGCACGAGCACCAGCUUGCAGUCAACCGCGAGGAUAAGCUGUCCCUGGUAUAUGGCCACAUACAACAGGAGAAGCACAGUUUCGCCUUUGGGGAGGCGAGCAUCAUCGGCCGAGCGAGCGACAAGAUGGCCAGACUGGUUCUCGAAAGUUGGUCCUCAGUUGACACAAUAAACAGAGCCAUUGAUCUUCAUCCGGCCUACCAGGCCCUUCGUACGAGGCUCCAGUCAGCUCGGACGGGGCCGACAGCACUGGCGAACAAAUCGUGGCUCUCUCAACAGUUGUCACCUUCCCAGCAGGGGGAGAGAGCCAGCCGGGUGUCAGACGACCGACGCGAGAUAUCGACCCACCGACGCGCCCAAACAGCCGACCCCGAUUCCCACAUGCAACGGCAGCUGAUCAGCCCGUCAAAUUAUGGGGGGAGGGCCCAAGGGCACACGGACCUAGCAGCGACAACAGCGGCCGGGCAGGGGGCAGAGGUCACACCAGCGCCCCAGCAGUCGGCCACGGAGAGACCUAAGCCAAUCCCCCGCCAGCAGGCAGGUCAGAGUUCAUGUAGCAGGCAUGCCUAUAACACGAGACAGGCGGCGAGACAGAACAACUCUGAGCUAGCAGGAACAAACACCCUACCACUACUCUGAUGAUGGAAUCGAGGAAGAUUCCGAAACGUCAGCACCAAUACAGUGUGGUCCAUGGCAUCGCCUCUUUUUCUUCUUCGUCUUCUUUUGGGGAUGAUGAACGUGAUAUAUAUAUAUAUAUAUAUAUUUUGAAAAGAGGUAGGUUCUUUGGGACAAGAGGGUUUAUUGCGUAAAUUUUCGACGCUGGUUCCCCAGGUCGUCGUCAGACGCAAGCGGAAAGCAAAUGUGAAAGCAAGAAACAGCUAACGUCAAGAGUGCACAAAAAAAUCGAUACUUGCAUGGCGUGUGCGCCGGUUGGCGGCCGUCGUGCGUCAGUCUGAGCUGGUUGGUUCCCUUCUCUUCCAUUUCUCCUUCAGGUUUCUGUACACGGCAUCCAACUCGAUAUGCCGGUUGAUGCAUGAGUCGUCAGAGUGCAUCGCCUCGAGGAAUUCUCGGCCUUUCUUGAAAGGGCAGACCGCGACAACGCGAGCUUUGUCCCAAGCGAAAGUGUGCCCGGUGUCCAGCGUAUGCAUGGCUACCUGAGACAGAUGGUCUCGCCUCUUUACUGCCAACUGGUGCUCAUGGAUGCGUGUUGAGGCGGAUUUUCCUGUCUGGCCACAAUAGACGGCAGUACAUGCAUUACACGGUAUCUUAUAGACGACCUCUUUCUUGUCCAGCUGAUUAACCCUAUCCUUAGGAUGUACCAGCUGAGAGCGCAAAGUAGUCGUAGGUUUGUGCGCCACUCGAAUUUGGUGCUUCCUUAAGUGCCUUUCGACGAGUUCAGACACAUUCUUAAUGUAAGGAAGGGUUCGCCAAUUGCUUAAUUCAGGCGUCUGAUUGGAACUACCCGGCUCCUUCUCCCUUGAUUCUCGCUGCCUCAUGCAUCUGCGUACAAAGUCCUUAGGGUAUCCAUUCUGCGAAAAUAAUUCGCACAAGUAAUUCACUUCGGCUCGAUAGCCUUCUUCAUCCGAACAAUGUGUUUUUGCUCGACCAAGCAGACUGUUUACGGCACUCCGUUUGUGAGAAAUGGGCUGGUUGCUCUUAUAAGGAAGAAUGACUUCGGCGUAAGUUUCUUUCCGGUAAACGGAUGUGCGUAACGUUCCGUCGACCUGACGCUGCACGAGAACAUCCAGAAAUGGGAGUUUGCAGUCCACCUCCUUUUCAAGUGUGAAUUGAAUCCCAGCAAUUGUUGAGUUGAUAGUAUUGUGGAGCACUUCUAGUUGGUUCCUUUUUACGAUAACAAAUGUGUCAUCCACAUAUCGCAGCCACAAUUUAGGAGUACACAACGGGAGCGCCGUUGCCUCUAGUUUCUGCAUUGUUAUUUCAGCGAGAAAACCAGAAAUGGGUGACCCCAUAGGGGCUCCUUUCAGUUGCUUGUAGCAUUGCUGGUCGAAUGAAAAGUUAGUUUCCAAGCAUAAACCAAUCAGUUCGAGCAUAGCGGCGGCGGGCACAUCUGUGUCGUAGCACAGCAGGAGGUCCUCGGUGCACUGUUUUGCGACAUCCAACGGUAUUGACGUAAACAGGGAAACGACAUCAAAAGAAACCAUUAUCUCAUCGGCGGAAACUGUGAUCCCUUGCAAUUUCUUCAGGAAUUCUGUCGAGUUCUCUAUUGAGGUUUCACAAUUUUUCGUGAGCGGAUGAAGUUUCUGGAACAACCACUUGGAAAUUUUGUAGUUAGGUGCACCGAUUAGUGAUACGAUCGGUCUAAGUGGAACUUCGGUUUUGUGGACUUUAGGCAAUCCAUAGAUCUUCGCGAUGGUCGGCUCAGUUUGUUUGAGCGAUUUAGCGAUGUCUUCUGACAGUUGUUUCUUCCCUGUGAGACGCUUCAACACUUUGUCGAUGGAUGAAGCUUGCGCUUUGGUGGGGUCUGUAGGGAGUGGUUGGUAAGUAGAUCUGUCGUCUAAUAAUGACAGCAUUUUCUGUUUGUAGUCCGUCUUGUUCAAAAUGGCAGUGGAGCCUCCUUUGUCCGCGGGAAGAAUGAUAAUAUUUUGGUCCAUUUUAAGGCCUUUAAUCGCCUUUCUUUCUUCAAGUGAUAGUACUGUAAACUGGUUCCGGUCUCUUAAGGCGUGUACAGUACUAUUUCGGAUGGUAGACCGCUCGUCUUCAGUGAAGUUUGCUGUUGAAAUAAUGGAUUCCAAGGUUGCAAGAAAGUCCAAAUAAUUCGAGUCGGAAAGAUUGUACUUCAAUCCCUUGGACAGCACACCCUCUUCCGUUGUCGUGAGGACUCUGGAGGACAGAUUUACGACUUUUUUUGAAAACUGCUGAGCUGUAUCUGCUUUCUGUGAAAUGGUCAUCCAUUUUCUGUCUAGAUUACUCCUCUUCUUUUGUCUUUCGAGUUCAGAAACGUGUGAAAUCGUUUCGUUCAGUGAUUCAAAUAAGUGCGAAGGAAGCUGGUCUCGACAAAAUUGCCUGUGCCGCUCCUUAGAAACUUGGCACUUUUGGAGGCGAUAAUGGGCGUCGGUUAUGAAUGCAUUGAGCAUGCUUCGUCCGUAACGUGAAGCAAUUUGGUAUCCCAAGGUAGAUUUAACCGCGGGUUUCACACACACGGAUCUUGGCAGUAUCUUCUUACUUCGGCAUCUGUGCAGAAAUGUUAACUGUUCUCGCGUUAGACUUUCGCGAAUUGCACAUUUUUCCCAACGUCUGGCUUGUAGCAAGACUUUGCGGUCGUAAUUCAUGCGUAAGUAUUGAAAGGUAGGCAUCCCAAGCGAUAUAAGUUGAAAAGAGGUAGGUUCUUUGGGACAAGAGGGUUUAUUGCGUAAAUUUUCGACGCUGGUUCCCCAGGUCGUCGUCAGACGCAAGCGGAAAGCAAAUGUGAAAGCAAGAAACAGCUAACGUCAAGAGUGCACAAAAAAAUCGAUACUUGCAUGGCGUGUGCGCCGGUUGGCGGCCGUCGUGCGUCAGUCUGAGCUGGUUGGUUCCCUUCUCUUCCAUUUCUCCUUCAGGUUUCUGUACACGGCAUCCAACUCGAUAUGCCGGUUGAUGCAUGAGUCGUCAGAGUGCAUCGCCUCGAGGAAUUCUCGGCCUUUCUUGAAAGGGCAGACCGCGACAACGCGAGCUUUGUCCCAAGCGAAAGUGUGCCCGGUGUCCAGCGUAUGCAUGGCUACCUGAGACAGAUGGUCUCGCCUCUUUACUGCCAACUGGUGCUCAUGGAUGCGUGUUGAGGCGGAUUUUCCUGUCUGGCCACAAUAUAUAUAUAUAUAUAUAUAUAUAUAUAUAUAGGCAGAAUGGUAUUACCGACAAAGACAAGGGAGACUGGAAUGGCCAUUUCUGGCUUAUUAGCCGUCGUCAGCCAGCCAUACCCAAGCCCGAAGUGUGGAACACCCGAGCCUCGAACUCGCGACCUGUUGGUUUAGAAGUCAACGCCUCUACUCACCGGGCCACGAGCCCGUUGCCUUGUCGGUUUUCGAUCGGGAAUAUACAAUGUUAGGGGGCGCUCACCGAUCGUUCAUACGGAACUCCCUCGUUCCGUUGUGCCUUAAGGGCUCUCUCUCGAGCCCAACCAGCAGCCGCACAGCGGCGCAUGAUAUAUCGGCAGAAUGUUAUUACCGACAAAAAGGCUCGGGUGUUCCACACUUCGGGCUUGGGUAUGGCUGGCUGACGACGGCUAAUAAGCCAGAAAUGGCCAUUCCAGUCUCCCUUGUCUUUGUCGGUAAUACCAUUCUGCCUAUAUAUCAUGCGCCGCUGUGCGGCUGCUGGUUGGGCUCGAUAGAGAGCCCUUAAGGCACAACGGAACGAGUGAGUUCCGUAUGAACGAUCGGUGAGCGCCCCCUAACAUUAUAUAUAUAUAUAUUGGAACGCAGGCAUCCCAAGAAAUAUAAAUUGAAAUCAAAAACGUUCUUUGGGAAAGGGAGAAAACUUUAUUGAGUAAAUUUUCGACGUCGGUUCCCCGUGUCGUCGUCAGACUAGAGUAAAUGUGCUGAAAACAAUUAAAAUUUCAAACGUGCUACAAAAUCAAUACUCAUUUGGUGCCUCAGCUAGUAAGCUGCCGUCGUGUGUCAGUCCGUAUUGAUCGGCUUUCGUCUCUUCCAUGCAUCAACAGGCACAUCGAGUUAGAUGCCUCGUACAAGAAUCUCAGAGAAUAGUGGAAGACACGAAAGCCGAUCAAUACGGACUGACACAUACGACGGCAGCUUACUAGCUGAGGCACCAAAUGAGUAUUGAUUUUGUAGCACGUUUGAAAUUUUAAUUGUUUUCAGCACAUUUGCUCUAGUCUGACGACGACACGGGGAACCGACGUCGAAAAUUUACUCAAUAAAGUUUUCUCCCUUUCCCAAAGAACGUUCUUGAUUUCAAUAUAUAUAUAUAUGUAUUGAUAUGGGUAAAGAUUCGAGGUCCAGAUAUUGUAUCCCGUUCAUCAUCCCCCGAAGAAGACGAAGAAGAAGAUGGGGCGAAUUCAUGGACCGAGUUAUAGUUGUACUGACGUUUCGGAAACCCUCUCGUUUCCAUCAUCAGAGUAAUGCGUUGACUGUUCCUGCUGGUCCUGAUUGCGUCAGCCUUGAUACCUGCCUGGUAUUAUAUCCGUGCGCGAGGCACGAACUUUGACCUGCCCGUUCGCCGCCGAUUAGCGUUGACCUCUCCACGAUUGACCGUCGGUGGGCUCCUGCCACUAAUGACCCCUUCGCGGCCGUCGUAAUUGUUGGUGAGCCAGCAUGUUUGUCGGCCUCCCCCUCGUCACUCAACGGACUGAACAGUUGUUGGGGCUCGUGUGAGUUGAUCUCAGCCUCGUGGGUGCUGCGGUGAGGUGGCGUCGCAUGCUGGUCACAUGAUCCCCGGCCGGCUUCUCUCCCACUUUCUGCUGACAUCGGCUGUCGGCCACGCGUCACUUUGCUCGACUGUCCUGAUGGCCUUGUCCGCACUGACUCGAGCCUUGUACGUAGCGCCUGAUAGGCGGGAUGCAGAUCUAUGGCUCUGUUGAGUGUGCCAGUCGAGGACCAACUUUCGAGCACCAGUCUGGCCAUCUUAUCAUUGCCUCGGCCGAUUACCCUUGCCUUUUCAAAGGCGAAAUUGUGGUUCUGCUGUUUGACGUGGCCAUAAACCAUAGACAGCUUGUCCUUGCGGUUGAUUGCAAGCUGGUUUUCAUGCAAUCUUGUGCCAAGACGUUUGCCCGUAUUACCAACAUACCUUGCAUCACAGUUUUGGCAUGGUAUGCUGUGGUCUACCAUAUCAACGAACACAAACUAGCUAUCCGUUGGCGAGACCCCCUGUCCCUCGUCUUUGCCCAUGCACUCGAUUACGACCACCGAUUCAAUUGGGAUGGCACUGAAGUCGUCGCCAUGGCUAACACAAAGCGAGCGAGGGAAUUUCUCGAGGCUUGGUACUCCGAUGCGGGUAGUAUCAACCGCCACGUUGAUUUAGAUGCCCAUUACGAGGGUCUACGUUCACGAAUGACUGCCCCCUGCCCUAAUUACGCAUCAACGACCGCGAAUACUGCCGCCCGCAUUCUAACUGAUUCACCACCCGCCCUCCCCCUCCAGCACGGCGUGCCGUAA